CAAACACCGAGGAUGCAGCAGUAGUCAUUCUACUUGCCCCUGUUAAGGUCACCAGCUUACGACUCCCGUAGUAUGGAGUCUCCGCUAGCGACUCGAGUCCCUUGGCAUUCCGACCCGAAGCGAACUACUACCAUCUAGCCGGCUCCGCCGCCUUUAUAGGAGGAACCACGGAGCGCUGUGGGCCUACUUAAUAACUCUUCUAGGAGUUUCGCCCCCGGCCCGUAGGUUUCAUCCCAAGGACUACCUGCGCUUUUCAAAUACUGUUCGAAAAUGGCAAGCAUACAAGAAUUAUUGUCGCCUACUGCUAACGGGCAGAAGUCUACUGUGCCGGAGGUGAGAGGGCGAAAUGGAAGUCCAAGAGUCGAUAAUCCAGGGGAGACCACGCACUUCACGGUGGAGAUUAUCUUGGAUGUGAUAUGUCCAUAUUGUUACGUUAAUUGUAAAAACUUGAACACCGCGGUUAGGACUUAUACAGCCCGUCACCCGGAAGCAACAUUCAUGGUGACAUGUUCACCAUAUUUACUCGACCCGAUCGCAGGUCGAAGUGCAUACAACAAAUCAGACUACCCCACAAUCCGAGCCCAUAGCCGCGACUACUGGCUCGCUCUCGGGGAGCCCGUAGGCGUGACGUUUAAAUUCGAGGGACGGAUGGGUAAUACACGCGACGCUCACAAACUGCUACGCUUCGCGCUCGAAAGCGAGCCCUCUACCACGCCGAGCACGGCGUUCGCGGCGCGCAUCUCGAAUCAGAAUCAGAGAGCUGCUCCGGCUCUUGCGCUACCUCCGCGGGGGGCAUCCGCAUCUACUGGGAUAGCAGAGAAUGGUGGCAGUGAGAGUGCGAAUACUUCGCACCCACGAACUCGAGGCCCAACACUGCAGUUAAGAGUAUUGGAAGCUUUGUUCCGCGGACACCAUGAGGAAGGCGGGGAUAUAUCAGACCGGGAAUACCUAAUCCAAACCGGCGUCGCGGCGAUGGCGGGGACUGGGAUCGGGGAGGCGGAGAUACGGGGUAUGCUCGAGGAGAGCGAUUCCCCUUCCCCAUCCCCCUCUCCUAACAACGAUACAGCGAUGGAAGACGCAAACCAAGACCAGAACAGGGAAGGCGAAAAUGAAGAGACAAACACCCGCCCCCGAACCUGGGGUCGCGCCGUCGAUACCCUAUUCGCAGACAUCACGUCCCCGAGCGGUGGCCGCGGACUCGCGGUUCGCGCGGUCCCGACGCUUAUUGUUAAUGAUCGGUAUGUGAUUGGCGGCGCGCAGGGCGUGGCGUUUUUGGUUGCGGAGUUUGAGAGGAUUAGGAGGGGAGGGGUUAGGGAUAGUGAGACGUAUUAUACUUAAGUAAAAACGAAGAAGGAAGAAAGGGGGGUGGUUGGUCUUUGAGAUUACGACGAUUUUUGAUUAGAAGGAAGGAGGAAUUUGGAGUCCGCUUGGGAGUUUCAAAAAAGGAGAAUGAAUAUGAUAAGGAUAUAUCCAUAUUUGCUUACCUAGGUGAUUUAUCAGUCAAUAAAUUCAGAGCUAUUCGUUACUACUGGAAUGUGGUAGGGUGCACUUGGUUCGU